CGAGAAGCCAUUACCGAAAACCUCCCAGAAAGAGAAUCACAGCACUAAGUAUUUUCUUUUCUUCCAAACAAGGGUAAAGUGAUUUCGCCUGAAAGGUCCAGAAAGUCCAGAUUCAUCCACGUUGGACUGGGCUCUUUCUCCCACGUGUCAACUUGCUUACACGGGCGCGAUGAUUCAAGAACCUUCCCAUCUCUUCUCGCCAUAAUCCCCAGAACGGCUUAUUUUACAUUCUCCAAACCCCCAACUUUCUCACUCAAAUUUUCUCACACUUUCUCGCCAAGGUAUUCUGAUUCAUUCUCUUGAUUUCAGUGAUUUGAGUGUGGUGGAUUGUGAUUGUUUCAAUCUGCGAAGAUGUGGCAACGGACGUUUCCGAAAUCUGACGUGGAGGCCGGAGCGCGGCCACUAUAUCCGAUGAUGCUGGAGAAUCCACAACUCCGGUGGGCGUUUAUUCGGAAGAUAUACUCUAUCGUGGCGGUACAGUUGCUUCUCACAAUCGCCGUCGCCGCCGUCGUAGUUACUGUACAUCCGAUCGCUUACUUCUUUGUCUCCACCGGGGCCGGACUGGCUCUCUACAUUGUUCUUAUCUUCGUUCCUUUUAUCGUGUUGUGUCCAUUGUAUUACUAUCACCAGCGGCAUCCGGUGAACUAUCUUCUUCUUGGAGUUUUUACGGUUUCUCUCGCUUUUGUUGUUGGAUUGACAUGUGCAUUUACGAGUGGCAAGGUUAUUCUGGAAUCUGUCAUUCUAACAACUGUUGUAGUUGUAAGUCUCACUCUCUACACAUUCUGGGCGGCAAAGAGAGGCUAUGAUUUCAAUUUCUUGGGUCCCUUCUUGUUUGGUGCCAUUCUUGUGCUUAUGGUCUUUGCUUUGAUUCAGAUACUUUUUCCCCUGGGUAGACUCUCAGUGAUGAUAUAUGGUUUGUUGGCAUCACUCAUAUUUUGUGGCUACAUUAUAUAUGACACGGACAACCUGAUCAAACGUUACUCCUAUGAUGAAUACAUCUGGGCUGCAGUCUCUCUGUACCUAGACGUCAUCAACCUCUUCCUUGCCCUGCUAACUGUUUUCAGAGCUGCUGACAGUUAAGAGGACUUAUUUCCCCAUCUCUGUUUUCUUUUCUGCCCCUUUGGGAUGAAAAGAAAUUGGUAUGAAGCAUGUAAUGUCACAAUUUUCUGUUGGCUUUUGUAAUUUUUCUCGCCACUAAAUACAAUGAAUUUUCCUACUUAGUAA